CCACACCAUAGUGAGGCGCGAGACGCACGCCGCUUCCUCUGUACCAGGUUCCAGAACUUAUGAAAGAAAGAACGUGCUCGUUUUAUCAUCUCCUAUAGCUAAGAAACGGUGAAAGGAAAGUGUUCCCAUUUUUCAGUCAUUUUACGUCGUGUUUUAGAAUAAGAAUAGAGCAUUACAUGGUAUCUUAGUUACUCGGUCUUCCGUAUCGUUAGCGCGUGAUCGAUUAGUUCUGUCUGCUGUCCCAACCUGUAGUUUCCGCUAGUUUUGACUCAGCCGGUGUUUUGUGCUUUCCAAGGUCGCUUGGUUGGUGUUUAAGGGAUCAUCAUCAUCAUCAUCAUCAUCUCACGCCUAAUUCAGCUACGAGAGACGCGGCCAGAUAUUGAGCUUGAACCAAAGCGUGACACGAUUUAUAGGAAGAUGGGAAUGAAGGAAACUGAAUGAAUAAAGGGACAUGAAUGUGCGGCUCUCUGAGCAAUUUUGUGGUUAUUAACAUAUAUUGGGCCACAUUGUUACACUUCUGUUAAUGCACCUACUUAAUAUUGCACUCAGGAACGAACUACUGGCCUAUUGAUUGUAGGAAGUUGAAAAGCUGCAGAGCACCGCCAGCAAAUAAUUGUGAGUAGAACAGCCAUUACCUAGGAAACAUUUAUCUGAGAAUGGCUCUACGUCCUAGUCUCAAGAUUCUGACAACCUGCAUGCUUGCAGCAAGAAGGCCUGUCGUCCUUGGAAAUGUCUGUUUAACACACAGGAAAUACAUCAGAACUUAUGCACCAAAUCUCAACGAUCAAAGAACUCCAGAUACAAACAGUUUUGUUUCACGGACACAUACCUGUGGUGAGCUGUGCUCUGCUCAUGUGGGUCAGGAAGUGACUCUAUAUGGCUGGCUGCAGUAUCAGAGACAUGAUCUGUUUGUUGUAUUGCGAGAUUUCCAUGGACUCACCCAAGUCAUUCUCCCACAGGAUGAGAAAUAUUCCCAGCUGAAGAAGAUGCUCAGUGAAGCUACAUUAGAAUCAGUAGUGCUGCUUAAGGGGACAGUCAUACGACGGCCACCUGGACAGGAUAAUCCGAGGAUGCCGACCGGUGAGAUUGAAGUUCUGGCAAAGGAAGCUCACAUCCUGAAUACUUGUAAGAAGUUACCUUUUGAGAUUAAAGAUGUUGUGAAGAAAUCAGAAGCUCUUCGAAUGCAGUAUCGCUAUCUGGAUAUACGCAGCGGUCUGUUGCAGUACAACCUACGGCUGAGGUCCAAAGUUGUGAUGAAAAUGAGAGAGUAUCUGUGUAACUUGCAUGGCUUUGUGGAUGUAGAGACCCCCACCUUAUUUAAAAGAACCCCAGGGGGUGCUAAGGAGUUUGUGGUACCCACUCGUGAGCCUGGCAAGUUUUAUUCACUGCCUCAGAGCCCGCAGCAGUUCAAACAGCUUCUCAUAAUUGGAGGGCUGGACAGAUACUUCCAAAUAGCAAGAUGCUAUCGGGAUGAGGGAUCAAAGCCAGAUCGGCAGCCUGAAUUCACACAGGUGGAUAUUGAGAUGUCAUUUGUGGAUCAGGCUGGUAUCCAGAGUCUGGUGGAGGGAAUGUUGCGCCACUCCUGGCCAGAGGAGAAAGGAUCCCUCCAAACCCCAUUUCCAGUUAUGAGUUAUGCGGAGGCCAUGAGCAGCUAUGGAGUUGAUAAGCCAGACACACGCUUUGAAAUGAAGAUCCAGGAUGUGACCGACCAUUUUAGGGAAGUGCAGCUGGGGUAUGUGCAGGAUGCUCUGAGUAAACCCCAUGGAAGUGUCAAAGCCAUUCGCAUUCCAGGUGGAGCUAAAUUCAUUAAAAGGAAAGAGCUGGAUUCCAUGCAAGAGCUUGUAAAGCAACAGUAUAACCAGGAAGUGGUGCCAGUUAUCCUGCGGGCAGACGGCAGCUGGAAAUCACCUUUGGAGAAGUUUCUCUGUGUGGAGCUGAAGGAAAGCCUUAUAGAAGCUAUGGAAGCCAAGUCUGGGGACAUUCUCUUGUUUGCAGCGGGGGAGCAUGUUCGAGCAUGUACUGCUAUGGGUAAGCUGCGACUGGAUGCUGCCGCCCAGCUAGAAGAAUGUGGGGUGGCUUUGCGGGACCCCGCUGCUUAUCAUUUCCUGUGGGUUGUAGACUUCCCACUCUUUCUUCCCAAAGAAGAUAAUGAGUUGGAGCUGGAAUCUGCACACCACCCAUUCACUGCCCCUCAUCCCGAGGACACCGCUCUUCUGCAUACAGAUCCAGCAAAGGUUCGAAGCCAACACUAUGACCUGGUCCUGAAUGGCAGUGAAGUUGGAGGCGGUUCAAUUCGUAUUCAUAAUUCAGAUUUGCAGCGCUGGGUCUUAAAGGAUGUAUUAAAGGAAGAUGUGUCUCUUCUUUCUCACCUGCUGGAGGCCCUGGAAUCCGGGGCACCCCCACAUGGAGGCAUUGCUUUAGGACUCGAUCGUCUCAUUGCAAUUCUUGUCGGAGCACCAAGCAUUCGUGACGUCAUUGCCUUUCCAAAGUCAUUCCGGGGACGUGAUCUUAUGAGCAAUGCACCCGACAUGGUGUCUGCUGAGGAUCUCAAACAAUAUCACAUUCAGGUGAUCCCUCCGUCUACUGGAUCCAGUGAAGACUGAUCACCAGUAACACGACUUUCAUAAGGACCGGAGAGUCUUGCUGCUUCCAGACAUAGAGCACUUCAAUUGUUAUUCCUCCACAGAAACUAUUUAGUGCUGCUUUAUAAAUCAUUAGCAGUAAAUAAUGGAGUAGAAAAGCGCUGCCUAAUGAUUCCCACAUAAUGGCUCUAUACUUCAUACCUACUGGUUACUGUAUGUUGCAACUAGAAGUCAGGCUACUAGAAGUACAGGUAUGGGACCUGUUAUCCAGAGUGCUCUGGACCUGGGGUUUUCCAGAUCAAGGGAUCUUUCUGUAAUUUGGAUCAACAUACCUUUAAUCUACUAGAUCAUUUAAACCCAAUAGGAUUGUUUUCCUCCAACAAGGAUUAAUUGUAUCUUAUUUAAGAGAGAGUACUGUUUUAUUAUUACAGAGAAAAAAAUUAAUUAUUUUUUUAAAUGAACUUGAUUAAAAUUGAGUCUAUAGGAGAUGGCCUUCUUGUAACUUUGAGCUUGCUGGAUAAGGGAUCCCAUACUGGUACAGUAAAAGCCAUUGGUGCAAUAUAACCCUGAUAUUGCUCUUUUGCAAUAUUUUUUUUUUUUUCAAAUAAUUAGCUGUUUUUACACAACAGAGCCAACUAUGUUCAGUUCCUCGUCUUGUCUACAAUUAGAAGAGAAAGAAGUCGUUGAGAAAAAACAUCUUGUAAUAUUGCUCUGGUUAGAGAAUGAAGUUAGGGAGUGGAUAAGAGUCAUCUGUAGUUUCUAAGGUCAGUUCUAAGCAGAGCAACAUCACUAGACUUUCCCAAUUUAAAAAUGACCUGGAGGUGGUUCAGCUAUGUAUAAACUGCUAAUAUCUUGAAAUUUAGGGAAAUGGUGAAAAGUGCUCCAAGAAACUUUACAUUACCUUUAAGGCUCCCCAUUUUCAUUUAUGUCCUAUUCUAUAAAGACUCACUGCCUUUUAGUAAAAGUGAACAAGUAACAGCAAUGCCCUGGAUUCUGAUUCCUGUAGUUUACAAAUUCUAUAAUAUAUUUUCAGGUGUAGAAGUAGCUUGAGAAUGGCUACUUGAUACGUAUUUAUGGAGCUGCAAUUUUUGCUUUUUAAGACUCUUAAGUUCACAGACUUACCUCUUGUCUUACCUGGAUUUGCGAUGCUGAAGUUUAUGGGACAUGUGCCUUUGCACACAUUUUUAUACUGCAUGUAAUAUACAGUAUAUUUAUACAUGGCUUAGUGAAUGGGUUCAUUGGAGAAAGAUACUCUUAUACAAGGACUCUUGGUAUUUGGUUUUGAUUUCCUACUAAACAAACUUGAAUUUCUGGGGAUUCUCAGGCCCUUUCUCAUCACUAGAUUUGUCUGUCAGUGCUUCCUGUUUUGAACAAUAGAGAUUUCUUUUCCUUACUAGUAAUAACUGUAUUGUGCCCUGACAGCAAAAAUAACCUAAAAGUUACAUUCCUAGCGGUACAGUUAAAAUACAAAUGUGCCUGCAGAAGACGUCUACACCACAACGCAAGACAUUUCCUUAUGUUGUGCGUCGUACUUGCAGGAACAUGGGAAUGGCUUUCUAUUGGACCCACUGCUGAAAAUCCCAUUCCAGCAGCUCCGGCGUGAGCAUGAAAUAAUAAAGGACUGACACUGAA